AAACGGCCUUACUUCGAGCAAUUAAGAGAAAUUGUGCCAUUAAAACUGUCAGGUACUUGGACUAUUUCCAUGUGAUGACUUAUGAUUUCCAUGGCUCCUGGGAUGGACAAACAGGGGAGAACAGCCCUCUGUACAAAGGCCCCGCUGACACUGGUGACCUCAUCUAUUUCAACGUUGAUUAUGCUAUGAACUAUUGGAAGAGCAAUGGUGCUCCAGCUGAGAAACUCCUGGUUGGAUUCCCAACCUAUGGACAUAGCUACAUCCUCAAGAAUCCAUCCAACACUGCUGUUGGGGCACCAACAUCGGGCCCUGGGCCAGCUGGGCCUUACACAAGGCAGUCUGGUUUCUUAGCUUACUAUGAGGUAUGUGUGUUUCAUCACAUCAAGGCAGCCAUGUAUGGUCUCAAAACUUCCUAGAAAGGAAUUUUAUGUCAUGGAUUCAUGGAGUAUUCCAACCACCCAUUUCUAUGGGACAGUUACUAAAUUCCCUCUCUCUGCCCUUUCCUCAUAGACGUGCACAUUACUAUUAGGUAUGUGUGUUUCAUCACAUCAAGGCAGCCAUGUAUGGUCUCAAAACUUCCUAGAAAGGAAUUUUAUGUCAUGGAUUCAUGGAGUAUUCCAGCC